AUGUCCCAAUACACCGACGCUGAUGGCAUCGAAUCAAACCUCACACCGGAUCUGACGCAAAACGGCUUGCUUACUCCCAAUACCGAAUCCGAGGAGAAUUCCUCCAUCAGAGUGUGGCUCGAAUUACAAGAGGCUGUGAAACGCAAUCACAUGCACGACCCGACGCCUGGCGAUACCCUCAUCAUCGUUGACAAGACCUACGACCGAGUCUUGGCCUGCCACCCAGGUGGCCAUUUGAUCCUUGACAAUGUCAUUGAAUAUGACAUGAGUGAACCUAUUCCUGAGCGUUGGAAGUGGCUCUGUACCGAGACUGACGGCUUCAUCGGGUUUCGCAGCCUCGCUGAAAAUAAAUAUCUUGGUCACGACUUUUGGUGGAACUUUGUUGCCCGAGCUACUGCACAGAAAGGGGAUGAAAAUUUUAUACUCAUCAAGCGCCAAAACGGAUAUCGCAUCCAGAGCCCGUUCUGGUUCGGAUUCAAACCAAUAUCAGCGCGCUCUGAUGGGUCUGGUAUUGAAGCAAAGGAGCCUGAUGGUACAUUGUGGGGUUUUAUGGAAGUCAGAGAGUGA